GAAAGGGUAUGAAUUUAAACUUGACAAGGGCUUUUUGGGUUUUGUCUUGGAGCACAGGCGACCAACUGGUUCAUCUUCCUCCUUGAGCUUUUCGCCAAAUGAAACUUACCUGUUUGAGUGAGGGAAGAGGAUUCCACUUUCCAUCUUGUUAUAUAAUCGAUGUGGAAGGUUUCCAAAUCUUGCUUGAUUGCCCAAUUGAUCUCUCAGUCCUCCCAAUCUUCUCUCCUGUUCCUAUCGAUUCAAAUGCGAUUUCUUACAAUGAAGAAUCCGAUUCCUCCUUGGGGGAAAUGAAGAGCCAAAAAACGGAAAUGCCCCUCUCCUCAAAUAAUUUGAUAAAGUCAGAGCCUAGCUAUAGAAUUGUUGAAAGCUUGCAGUUAUGGGACAUUAGCUUUAUUAAUAUUGUCUUGAUUUCGAGCCCAAUGUCAAUGCUUGGCCUGCCAUUCAUAACUCGCAAGAAGGGUUUCUCGGCCAAGGUAUAUGCAACAGAGGCUACAGUAAGAAUUGGGCAGCUUUUGAUGGAGGAUCUAGUAGCAAUGCACGCAGAAUACAAACAGUUUUAUGGGCCUCAAGAAACUAGAUUCCCAUCUUGGAUGAAAUGGGAGAAUCUUGAAAUGCUUCCUUCAGCUUUGAGAGAUAUUGUUUUAGGAAAAGACGGGUCAAGACUUGGUGGUUGGGUGCAUCUGUAUAGCUCACUUGAAGUUAAGGACUGUAUGCAGAAGGUUCAGACUCUAAAGUAUGCUGAAGAAAGUUGCUAUAAUGGGUCAUUGAUAAUUAAGGCAGUCAGCUCUGGUUUGGAAAUAGGUUCAUGUAAUUGGACUAUAAGGGGUCAAAGAAGAAGCAUUGCUUGUCUUUCUAGCUCUAUCUUCUUAUCUGCCCAUGCAAUGGGUUUCGAUUACCUUGCACUACAAGGAUAUGACACUAUUUUGUAUUCCGAUCCCUCCUUCCAUGCCAUGGAAGAUUCUGAAACUGGCUCUGAGCCUUCUGCAAAAGAUUCAUCAGCUCCAAGUGAUCCCUCCGAAGUGAUUACCAAGUCAUUGCUUGAUGACAAUGAGAGUUUGGAGGAGAUGGAGAAAAUAGUCUUUAUAUGCUCCUGUGCUGUGGAUUCUGUUAAGGCAGGAGGUUCUGUUCUUAUUCCAAUUGGACGAGUUGGAAUUAUUCUGCAGAUUUUGGAGCAUAUGUCAAUUUCCCUUGAAAGUUCAAAUUUAAAGGUUCCCAUCUUUAUGAUUUCAUCUGUAGCCGAACAAUUAUUGGCUUUCAGUAACAUCAUUCCAGAGUGGGUGUGCAAACAACGUCUAGAAAAGAUGUACUCUGGAGAGUCAUUGUUUGUGCAUGUUGAUCUCAUUAAAGAAAAAAAACUUCAUUUGUUUCCAUCAGUUUAUUCGGCUAAAUUACUAAGCAGCUGGCAGGAACCGUGUAUAGUAUUUUGUCCUCACUGGAGCUUGCGGCUUGGUCCUGUUGUUCAUCUGCUCCAACGAUGGUCAGGAGAUGCAAACUCAUUACUUGUAAUGGAGGAAGGUGUGGAUGCUGAGUUAGCUCUCUUACCUUUCAAACCAGUGGCUAUGAAGGUGCUGCAGUGUUCAUUUCUGUGUGGAAUCAAGACACGGAUACUUCAACCUUUGCUGACAUUGCUACGGCCAAAGAUUUUACUGGCUCCAGAUAAAUUGAUAAGACAUGUUGAAUUCUCAAACACGACUCCAUUCUCCGUAAUUCACUACUUUAAAAACAAGACCUUGCACCUACCGGGGUCAAAGUUGUCAUUUUCUAAGUUACACAUUGCAGCUGACUUAGCCACACAUCUAAACUUGUUAAAGUUGAAAGGAGAUGAUGGCUUAGAUAUUGCUAGAUUAAAGGGAGAACUGCUUGUAGAGAAUGGGAAACACCAAUUAAUAUUGGGCAACUCUUAUACAGUAUCUACGGAGAAUCAUAAUAACAAUUUGAUGUUGUGGGGCUCGGUUUAUAUGCAAAAACUCGUGGACUCACUGCAGAAUGCUGGAAUUAAGGUUUCGUCCGUUGAUGGUGACCUAUUGAAAUACAUUGUGCAUAUUGUCGAACCUCAUAUGGCACUCAUUGAAGUUAGCAGUUCAAGAAGUGUUAUUAGUACAGAUGAUGAAAAAUUAGCCUCCCUCAUUUCUGGUGCUUUACACCAUUGCUUACAGAGCAUUUAGCGGUUACCUUUCGAAUUUUGUUUCUUCUUUUUUCGUAUUCGUGUUUAUUAUGGGCAAAGAAGUAAUUGAUGCAGAUUUUAUUUUUACUGCUGAUUUCUGACUGUAUUAAAUUAUAGUUUACUUGCAUCAGUUAAAUUAUAGCGGUCUUAUUUGUAUUUUCAAUCAAGAUUCAUUUAUUAUGAUUAGAGUAGAGAUUUGUUUAUUUGUGUCAACUUUUAGAUUAUUUUGUAUUGAAUAAAAUUUUAAGGUCUUAUUUGUACUUUCCAUCAAAAUCAAGUGCCUUUUA